AUGCCAAAGUAUGCAAAGUUUCUGAAGGACAUGGUGACAAAGAAAAGAAGCACUGGUAAGUUCGCAACGGUGGCAUUGAUGCAAAGUUCAAAAUCCAUAAUUCCACCGAAAAUGCACGACCCCGGAAGUUUCACAAUACCCUGCUCAAUCGAAGGGUUAUAUAUUGGUCAAACGCUUUGCGAUCUUAGGGCCAGCAUCAACUUAAUGCUCCUCUCAAUUUUUAAGCAGCUGAAUGUGAGGCAGCUGGCACCCACGACGAUGACUCUCCAUCUAGUUGAUAGAUCCCUUGUGCAUCUAGAAGGGAAGGUGAAGGAUAUCUUGGUCACGAUUGACAAGUUUAUAUUACCGGCAGACUUUAUCAUCUUGGAUUAUGAAGUGGACAAGGAUGUCCUCAUCAUCCUUGGACGACCAUUUUUAUCCACUGGUCGCACUCAGAUUAAUGUGUAUAAGGAAGAGAUCACACUAAGCGUGAAUGGACAUAAGCUUAUGUUUGAUAUUAUCUGA